AUGCCGUCACACCCGCGGCGCCGAUGUUCCUCUACCAGCUUCCUCCUGCACCCCGACAAUGAAAAACCCACUUCGUCCCCGCGUUGCGACUCCGUCAACAACUAUGCGGGGAAGCUUAUUUGCUGCCUACUUAACUUCAUUUCCCCCGACCUCAUCAUGUCCGCGCAGGAAACAAUAAGGUCCGUGGCCUCGACCAUGACUGACGAGCUCUGGUGUCUCUUCUCCGCCUUCAUACCCGCCGUCAACAUGGUGAAGUGGCCUCGGACCUUGCUCUCCGCCGCGGCCGUGGCGCCGGCUGCUAUCCUUAACCCCGUCCCGGGGCCCGGAAGCGCCAGUCCCGUCUUUGACGCCUUUGUGAGCUACUCGCUCGAGUUUGCCUUCUUCCCAGAUUUUGCAGGAAACAAAUCUUCUCCAAAUAAGUUCUCAGACAACCUACUUGUCAACCUGGGCAAUCUCCAAGGCGUCCGUCCACACAUCCGCGUGGGAGGAAACACGCAAGACUACGCCCUUUACGAUGAAUCCCUCCCGUACGCCGUCAACGGCACCUACGACUUUGACCGGUCCAGAGACUACCCGACCACCAUCCACAUCGGCCCUUCUUUCUUCGAGUCCUACAGCACGUUCCCAGACACCAAGUUCACGCACGGCUUCAACCUUGGCCUAGGCGCGAACCGCUCCGAAGGUUGGGAAACCCUGCUCGCCACGGUGCCGCUAGCCUGCAAGGCCAUCGGCGUCGACAACCUCGACGUGUGGGAAUACGGCAACGAGCCCGACCUCUUCUCCACCUCCGCCCAGGGCCCCGUCCGGCCUCCGUCGUGGGACGAAGCGGCGUACGUAAAUCAAUGGCUCAACGGCACGCGGGAAAUCGCCUCCGUCCUCUCAAAAGCGUGCCCCGAGUUCCCCGCUCCCAAGUUCAUGGCCCCCUCGAACGCCGGCACGGCCAACCACCUCCGUGCCCCGGCGCAAUGGGCCGCCGGGCUGCGCAACGCCGACAACAUCGCCCUGUUCUCCAGCCACAACUACAUCAGCGGCGCCGAGAGCCCCGGGGUCACGCUGCAGGGCACCCUGAUGAACCACACCCGCAGCGUGCAGUCGGUCCAGGCGCACGAGAGGGAAUACGCCAACAUCACGGCGCGCUUCGGCAACGUCCCGCCGCAGAUCCUCGGCGAGCACAACUCGCUCUACAACCAGGGCAAGCCGGGCCUGUCCAACUCUUUCGGGGCCGCGCUCUGGGGCGUCGACUUCAACCUCUACGCCGCGUCCGUGGGUAUCAGGCGGGUGCAUCUGCAUAUGGGGACAGAUUACAGGGUACGUCCGCCUACCUAA